GAUAAUUAUAGCUAAGCGUUAUGUGUAUUAUUCUGUUAUUGUUGUUUAACUAACAUUAGUGCACUAACUGAAAUAAGCAGCGAACGACUAGACAGGAUAUAGUCCACUGCGCAUGCGCGGAGGCGGCUAAAUUCAAAACUGAAGACGUUAGCAUCGAGGCUCGUUGACGUUAGCUUCAGUUCACAGGUUCGCACAUCGACCCAGCUACAAAUAAGCGCAAUGAACGCUAUUUCACGUUAGUUAAGAAGUAAUAACACUAUCCGUUGUAAAUCAGAGGAAAUAGCUCAAAACAACUAAAAGUUGAGAAUGGAGCCUCUGGAUCCUGCCAAGAAUAAUGAAGGCAGUGGAUUCUCUAAGCGACGCAUUUCUUCGAUUUUAAAAACACCAAGGAGAUCAGUCCGAUUUCCUGAACCCCAGCAACAGGAACAUGUGGUGGAGUGUGCCAAACCAGUGGAAAAGAGGAUUUCAAGAAGAGUCAGUUUUGCCCCAGCCAACGAUGUUCUUUUGUUCUCAAAGGAUGUAAAAAGUGCCUCUCCUGCCCGAAGUCCUUUACAAGAGUUAAUAACAACAACACCGACAGCCACACCAAAUAGGGUCCAGGUGGAGGUCACUGAAGAUGGGAUUCAACAAAUUAUGGGAAUGGAAACUCUGUUGAAUGCUCCUCUACAUGCCUCUCAACAAAGGGAAACGGCCAACUUUGAUACUGGGCAUGACUUGGGGGAGAAAACAGUGAUGUUUUCUACAGAUGAUGCAUUCAUGGAAAUGACUCACAGUCACACAAUAAACAUUGCAGAUGAUGCUGACGUUUCCCUCCAAAGCUUUGACUCUUUGACCACCAGUGUAGAAAAGAGAGUGAAGCUCACUGCAAACGAUGGAACCAUGGAUAUCAGCCUAAGUCAUAAUGGCUCAGUAUCGGUACCCAUUAGCAGAAAUAUGGAUUUAAGAGUAGAGAAGAGCAACGUAUCGUCAUCAGCACUUACUUUGGAUCCCGGAUUUGAAAACUUCCUGGCAAGUCUCUCUAAUCCGAGUGACCCCAGCGUUAAUCCUGUGAUCACCACAAUGGCGUCUGCUGCAUCGACUGAAAGAACAAACUGCUCCGUGGCCCAGGUUAAAACACAAAGGGCCGAUGUGGGCAAAGAAAAUCAGGCUCCAACUUCUGUUUCAGCUGUGAUGGAAAAGUCACUCGGUACAUCCAGGAAGAUUGGUGAAUUAUCUUAUAGAAAUGCACUCUGUCCUGAAGUUGAUUUAAGUAUGGAUAUGACUGAAGCUCAGACAGGUCGCAUUCUGGGAUUCAGUGAUGACGAUGAUCCCUUUCAGUGUCUUUUCCCCACACAAGAAAUGUACUCCCGCCUUGACAGCAGAGUGUCCCAGACAAAAGAGAAGACCAAACAGCAGCAGAUCAGUAAACCACAGGCAUCAUUAACCCCUAUAGAUAUGACAUUCUUGAAGAAUCCAUCUCUAAAGGAUUUUAAUCAAAGACACAAGGACAAUCUUGAUACAGCAGACGAAUGCAGAGAGAAAACAAUAAUGUUCACUGCAGGUGAUGAGAUUGUGGAUAUGACCCAGAGUCACACGGUAAACAUCGGUUUGUUUGCUCCUUCAAACCAAAACGUGGACACUUUUCUCAUUCAUGGAAAAAUGGACCAUGCUUCAUCUCUGGAGGAGCGAAAACAUGACACUUGUGGUACGCCUGGCUCGUCAGCUAACUUCCUUUCAAGUUUCUCUACACCCGGUGCCCCCAGUGGCCGUCCUGCGAUUGCAAGAAUGGUACCUUCUACUGCAGCGUCCUCUAGGGAAACUGUUGACACUAACAGCUCCCUGUCGCAGCUGAAAAGUACUGUUGGUCGCAUUAAAGGACUCACUGGCUCAGAUGAGUCUUUCCCAUUUCUUUUCCCCACAAAAGACAUGUACCCAAAAGGAAGUCUGAAGAAACAAGAGAUGACUUCACGACAGCAGCACCAUGCAGCACUGGAAUCAUCUAACCGUAAAGGUAUGGAUACAUCAUUGACUGCUUCUUUAAAGACGAAGGUGCAAAAAGAUCAGGUCAAAUUUGAUGAUGAAGACGACUGCAGAGAGAAAACAGUGAGGUUCUCUGCUGAUGAUGCCUGCAUUGAUGUGACGAGAAGUCACACGGUAAACAUAGUCACAGAUUUACAAUUGCAGUCUCUCCAAAAUGUGGACAUUUUCCCUGCUUGUGGAGAGAAAACAGUGAGGUUCUCUGCUGAUGAUGCCUGCAUUGAUGUGACGAGAAGUCACACGGUAAACAUAGUCACAGAUUUACAAUUGCAGUCUCUCCAAAAUGUGGACAUUUUCCCUGCUUGUGGAGAGAAAACAGUGAGGUUCUCUGCUGAUGAUGCCUGCAUUGAUGUGACGAGAAGUCACACGGUAAACAUAGUCACCGAUUUACAACUGCAGUCGCCCCAAAAUGUGGACUUUCUACCUGCUUGUGGAGAGAAAACAGUGAGGUUCUCUUCUGAUGAUGCCUGCAUUGAUGUGACGAGAAGUCACACGGUAAACAUAGACACGGAUUUACAACUGCAGUCUCCCCAAAAUGUGGACAUUUUACCUGCUUGUGGAGAGACAACGGUGAGGUUCACUGGAACAGAUGCAGCUAUGGAUGUGACCCAGAACCUCACUGUAAAAUUCCACCAUAAUUCAGCAUCAGAUCACCAAGAUCCUGACAUUUUAUCCAGCCAUGAAAACAUGAAUUUUCCUCUAUCAGCGAAGAAGACACAUCUUCAGCGGAGAAACCGAUCUUUAUCAGCAUAUGCUUUGGACCCAGGAUUUAAAAACUCCCUAUCUGAGACAAGUGGCCCCUGGGCUAAUCCUGUGAUCACCAGAGCAGCGGUUCUUACUGCACUGUCCCCUCAAAAGACUGAAGAUGGCUUCCUGCACCCAGUUAAAACCCAGAAGCCUGAUUUGGCUACUGCAAAGGAAGCUCCAGCUUUUGUUUCCUCUGCCGUAAAGAAGCCAAUACAUAAAACCAUGAUGGAAGGUCCGGAGCACGAUGUAAGCAUGGAAAUGAAUAAAGCUCAGACAUGCUGCAUUUUGGGACAAACGGAUGAGCCACCUCAAUGCCCUUCUUCCACACAGGACUUGUGCCCCAAUUCUGACCAUUUGACCAAAACCGAGGUCACUUCCCAAUUAAGCAGUGAAGCGCUGGGAUCAUCCAACCUUCCUGAUUGUCUUCACUCGAAUGAAACCGUCACCAGGUGCGAACCAAGAAAUCAAACUCGUACUUUAUCGGAGGAGAUGGAGAAUUCACCCAGUGCUGUCAACCAUGAUGUUGAUGCAGCGCCUUCGCGGAAGUCUCGGCGAAUUAGUUUGGCUGAUCUUCAAUCACAAGUAAGACGUUUAAACCACAUCAUUAGUGCAGCUCCUGUUACUAUCGCCAUGGAGGCCUGGACAGCACCUUUGCCUCGACUGGACCACGAAGUGGACAAAAACUCAAAAGACGAAACCAAAUGCCGACCUGUAACGGAGCCUGAACUUGAAAUGGGUUUGAUAAACACGGAAGAAAAUACACAAGAUCAAAGUAUUAUGCAAGGAGAACAACCCUUCACUGCUACUACCAUUCCAACUCCGUUCAACCUGAAGACUAAACAACUUAUGUCAAGACUCUCAGUGGGAAGCUUUAAGGCAAAACUCCCUCAAGGAGGCAAAGAUCCAAAGAAGCAGAAUUCUGUGGGAGAACAUACAAGAACAGCCACCGUCAAUGUUACAAACAAGCUGAGCAACUUUGACAAUGAUUUGAGCAAUAUUUAUAACGAAGAGCUUGAAAGCUAUGAAGAUAUGUCAGAAUCGCUGGACAUGAGUCCUCCGGGAGCCACUGAAGAAGUGAGUGCUUCCUAUGGGUUCCACAUGGAUGAGCCUUUAGAGGACAAUGUAUUUAAAGAGGACUUUAUUAGUUCUGUCCAUGGGAAAAAGAGACCUUUGCCAGUAGAUGAAAACAACAUGGAGGAUGAAAAGAGAAAGAAAACGUCUACUGAGGCGCCCACUGACGUUGAAACGUCUCAUGUUGUGGAGUCUCUACAGUCUACACAGACCACAGAUUACUCCAACAGCAUUCACACAGCCAGCAUCAGAUGUGAACCUACAUGUGAAUCAACUUUCAAACAAAGCCUGUUUGAAUCACAGCUUGAAGACUACACCAGUGAUUUACAGAGGAAACUCAGCGAUGGCAACAUUACAGUGUCUGAGUUCUUUAAACUCUUCAACAUAGACUUUGUCAUCCAUAAUCCUCGGCAAAGCAUCCUUCCUGCCAGACUUUUAUCAGACACAGAUUGCACACCGAUGGAUUUAUUGAAAGACAGACACAUCUACCUUCCUAAACAGAUGGUGUAUGAGACAGAUGUCCUUAACCUCACAGAAAAGGUGGAGGGGUUGAAGGGGCGAAUGCGGGACCUGGACAAACCACUGAAGAUGGUUAAUAGAGCUUUGUGGGAAGAAGUGAGAAAUUCUUCAGAGAAAGAGCUCAAAUCGUUUGGGGCAAAACUAAAAGAGAGAAAUAACCUCUUCAGAAAGUUGAGCAAAGUUCAGUCCCAUGAAAUGAAGGAGGUGUUGUACUCCAAUAUUGUGCAGGCUAGUCUGGAGGAGCAGCAGAGGUCGAGAGGAACGAUUGAGGAAGCAGAUGCGAUGCUAAAAAGUUUGGAUGACUGUAUUCAUGAAUUGGAAACCGAACUUACUGCAGUCGAAGAAAAGGGUUUCGAAGACAAACCAAGUCUGAAAUCACGUCAGGAAGAAAUGCAGAAAGUCACUGAGGCUUUGGCGGAUAAUGACCAACAAAUAGCCGAACUGGAGGCGCAGAAGAAGCAGAAUUCAAAUACACUGAACAGACUAAAAGCUGAGGCGAGGAACCUUGAGAACCACGUCGACGUGCUGCACAGGGUGAACGAAUGGAAGUGUGCAGAGAAGACGGACAACUGCACCACCUACACUUUCCUUCAUGAGACCUUGCAUCUGGAGCUGGUCUAUGAAGAAUCCAGCGGAAAUGAUGCUGGUAAUCAGUCCGAGAGGAAAAUAUUACACCUCACAUUCAAACUUCAACUUGAUGAUGAGAAGUCACAGGGUCAUGCCUGCCUCGUUCACACACUGCUCUCGGAGUACAUCGAGGGAGAAAGUGACUGGCUGGAGAAGUAUCCAACCAGCAGACAUGUUCCAACGCUGCUCCAUGACGUCGGCCUGGUGGUGAGUCGCUGCCGUCUGCUGGGAGAGGAGCUGCGUCUGCUGAAGCUGUGGGGAGGUCUGAGGCUCGAUAUUCUCAACAUCAGCUGCGUAGACACUAGAGUGCACAUUGUCUUCAGCCGUCUCAAGACAUUUUCCAAGUUUGAAGUGACCUUCUCUGUCAGUUUGAUGGACUGCCUCUGUGUCCUUCAAGUGCAGAGCUUCAAAAACAUGAUUGGAAACACAACGAUCCAGCAGAUUGAAGAAAUUGUGGCGUCAUUCAGUCCAGCCAAGAACCUCCUGACGAAGAUUAUCAAAACGAUUCAUGAAAAUCUGCUCUGUUGAGACCAGGAUUUAUUCUUCCAAUCGUUUCUAUUCAAACUCUCUUGUACAGUAUAGAUGUUGAAUAAUUAAAGCUUUAAAAUGUGUUAUCUGGCUUUUUCACACACAAAAACAAAACAUUUUAGUGCAUUUUGUUCAAAUUGACGGAAUACAGUAAAUCGGAUCAGUUUUAGCGACAACUUCUGUCUUGUUUGUCACAUAUUUACAUAUUCACAUUAACAUUAAGGUGCGGAAACGCUUGUUCUUGGAUCAGAAAGCAUGUACAUUGUAGAUGGCUAAAUUUACUAAUUUAGGUUAUUCAUGUAAUGAAAGUGCAUGUUAUCUAUCUAGAAAAUGUGGUUGAAUUUAUAUGUGUUUAUUGAUUGUGGCCCAUUUCACAGAUUACUGGUCUGGUGUGCAGACGGCAGUGUUUUCUGUGCAGUUUUCAGAGUCUUCAAGAUGCUGAACAUGAACCCAGUAUCCCUACUUUGUUUUGCUUAUAAAUGUCUCUUUUUGCUGUAGUUUUGUACAGUUGUGAACAUAUGUAAAUAUAUUUCAUCAUUUUCUAUUUUGCAUUAUACUGUUACUGCUUUUGUCAUUAGAGACCAACACUUGUUUAAUAAAUAUACGCACAUUAAAAAGAUA